AGAGUGAAGAGGUUGGAAGGCCACGUAGUGUUCUUCUUUUAUCUCUCUCUCUUUCGUAUACUCUCUAUAUAAAACGUAGACAUUUGAGAUCGAAAUACUCCAGGGUUUGAUCUCUUAAUUAAAUUAGCUCUCAACAUCAAAAGCAUGAAUUCAGAUAGAGUUGCCAAAACGCAAGAGUUUCAUCAAUCUGUAAUUCAGAUCAUUGAAGGAGAUGAGAUGAUGAAAACCUAUUUUUAUUUCAACUCUCUUUCCUCUCCACAGAUGGAUUCUCUUUCUGCUCUCUGUGAUACUCUCUUGCCUUCUUCACCAUCUGUUAACAUUACUGAUGCCUCUCUCGCCAGGUUCUUUCAGUCUUCUGCUUCCAUGGCUGGAACUCCUCACCGUGUAGGAGGAUUGAUAAGUGAGAGACUGAAGCACCCAAAGAAGUGGUUAAUUGAGUUGGCGCUAUGGAUGCUUUCUACAUGGAUUGGAACUUUCAUUCUGUGUGGGCUAUCAAGCAUUUCACUCCAUUUUCCCUAUUUCCAAACUUUUUCUCAACUCCCACUCCACAAAAGGGAACAGAUUUUGCAUUCUUGGUCUCUCAGCUUUUUCUAUCCCCUCAGGAUGCUUUUCAAGGCUAUCAAACUUCUUACCCUCAUUGUCUUCUUCUCUCAGGUAGAUGAGAAAAAUGAAAACCUGACAUGGAAGGCAAUAGGCUAUCCAGGGCCUGACCCAGAAUUCAAAGCAUUAAAACUAUCUCAAUAUGGAAAAUUAGAGGACAAGGAAGAUGAUGAAGAAGAAGAAGAUGAUGAUGAGGAAGAAAAACUCUUUGCACCUCUUCACAGAGGACUUGUUAAUAUGAACCUUCCACGAGAUAGACUUGCAAACUCUCUCCAGCUUGCUGGAUUCCCUGUCUUAACCCACCGACCGAAAAGUAAUGCAGCCUGCAGCCCAUCUAAUCCCUCUUUGGUUAUUCAAUGUGAUGCAGUAGUAGUUGGUUCUGGUUCAGGUGGUGGUGUAGUUGCUGGUGUUCUUGCAAAAGCUGGUUAUAAAGUGCUUGUAAUUGAGAAGGGAAGUUAUUUUGCAAGAAGUAAUCUCUCUCUUCUUGAAGGUCCUACAAUGGAUGAAAUGUACCUUGGAGGUGGUCUAAUGGCAACUGAUGAUAUGGGAAUUGUAAUACUUGCAGGAUCUACAGUAGGUGGAGGUUCUGCAAUCAAUUGGUCAGCUUCUAUCAGAACCCCACAACAUGUGAUUAAUGAAUGGAGUGAUCGAUAUGAUCUGGAGAUUUUUGAUAGUACAUUAUACAAAGAAGCACUAGAUGUUGUGUGCCAGAAAAUGGGUGUUCAAUCAGAAAUUCAUCAAGAAGGAUUCAAUAAUUCCAUUUUAAGAAAAGGUUGCCAAGAACUGGGUUAUCCUGUGAACAACAUUCCUCGAAAUUCCUCACCAGAUCAUUACUGUGGCUGGUGUUGUCUUGGCUGCAAGGAUGGAAGAAAGAAAAGCACUUGUGAGACUUGGCUAUUGGAUUUAGUUAAUUCAGGUAAUGGGGCAAUUCUUCCCAGGUGUGAGGCCAUCAAGGUCUUGCACAAGGAAAAGAGAGGACGAAAUAGUAGAAGAACAGCAACAGGAGUUGCUUUCGAAUUUGAAUACGAGGGGGCAAAAGACUUGUGUGUGAUUGAAUCAAAAGUGACUAUUGUUGCAUCAGGUGCUAUAAGUACUCCUCCUCUGUUGAAAAGGAGUGGCUUGAAAAAUCCUAACAUUGGCAAAAAUCUACAUCUCCAUCCGGUGGUAAUGGCUUGGGGCUACUUCCCUGAUGCACCAGUGUCAUCCAAAGCCUGGCCAGAGGAGCAGAAGAAGAGUUAUGAAGGAGGGAUAAUGACUGCAAUGUCAACGGUUGUGGCGAAAUUCGACAAGUCUGGAUAUGGUGCAGUGAUUCAGACACCAUCAUUGCAUCCAGGCAUGUUCUCAAGUCUAAUGCCAUGGGUGUCAGGAAUGGAUAUAAAAACCAAAAUGUGCAGGUUUUCAAGGACUGCCCACAUAUUUGCAUUGGCAAGAGAUAAAGGAAAAGGAACAGUGAAUUCUCCAAGCUCAAUAACUUAUCAAAUGGAAGAUUCUGAUGAGGAGAAUCUGCAGAAAGGAUUGGAGAAGAUGCUAAGGAUAUUGGCAGCAGCAGGAGCUGAAGAAAUUGGAACACAUCAUAGCACAGGAAGAAGCAUCAAUGUUAAAAAAGUGAGCUACAAUGAGUUUGAGAAGUUUGUGAAAGAGGAGAGUGAAAGACCACUAAGAGAUUUAUCAACACAGCUUUGUUCAGCACAUCAGAUGGGGAGCUGCAGAAUGGGGGUGAAUCCAAAGGACUCAGUAGUGAACCAGAUGGGAGAGACAUGGGAGGUAGAGGGAUUGUUUGUAGCAGAUUCAAGUGUGUUUCCAACUGCCUUAGGAGUGAACCCCAUGGUUACAAUUCAGGCUGUUGCUUACUGCACUGCACAGUCAGUUCUUGAAGCUCUUAGGAGGAAGAAAAAAUUGCUAGUUAACUGAAUUUUCAGUUUGUUGUAAUUAUUAAUGUUGUUGGUUUUUUGGAGAUAAAUCAAAUAAGAGGACUCUAUUAAAAAUAAA